AUGGGCUGGCCCGUGUGCAAUACCACAGAGACCGAAACAAUCAAGGAGGUCGCACUCUGGGAUGGCGGCGUUUCAUUUCAUGUCCUUGCGCUUUUGGUGGGCGGCGCUUGCGCCAUCGUCGCCUGCCUUAUAUCUUUUGCUCUGAUAAUGCUACAUGCCACACAUUACAGCAAGCCGAUCGAACAGCGACAUAUCAUCCGUAUCCUAUUCAUGGUCCCCGUCUAUUCCCUCGUCGCGUGGCUCAGCAUAUUCUUCUACCAUGACUCCGUCUACUUUGAGGUCCUCGGCGACUGCUACGAAGCGUUCUGUAUCUCCGCCUUCUUCUCCCUCAUGUGCCACUAUAUCGCCCCGGAUUUACACAGCCAAAAGGAUUAUUUCCGUGGAAUCCAGCCAAAGGAAUGGCUCUGGCCGAUGAGUUGGCUUCGAAAAUGCUGUGGUGGCGAUCGCAUAUGGCGGACUCCGCGCAGUGGAUUGACAUGGUUCAAUAUUGUCUGGGUCGGAGUUUUCCAAUACUGUCUUAUGCGCGUUCUGAUGACCAUUGUUGCGGUUGUCACGCAGGCUUUGGGGGUAUACUGCGAGGCGUCGCUGAGUCCCGCAUUUGCGCAUGUAUGGACUAUUGUCAUUGAAUCGGUCUCCGUCACCAUCGCCAUGUACUGCCUGAUCCAGUUCUACCAUCAGACCAGCCAAGACAUCAAGCAACAUCAUCCAUUUUUGAAGAUUCUGUCGAUUAAGCUCGUUAUAUUCCUGUCAUUCUGGCAGUCGACCCUCAUCAGCCUUCUAGUCUCCGAGAGCGUUAUCGCACCGACGGAUAAAAUCGGCCUUAAUGACCUCAAAGUUGGGCUCCCGGAGCUGAUGAUCAACUGUGAGAUGGCAAUCUUUGCUGCACUCCACCUCUGGGCCUUCUCAUGGAAGCCCUACACCCUCACCAACCAAUCAAAUGAAGUAACGGAUUUCUACGGCAACGGCAAGUCUACAUACCAAGGUGGACGCUAUGGCAUAAAGGCCUUGAUUGAUGCUAUGAACCCACUGGACCUCCUUAAAGCCAUUGGUCGAAGUGCCCGCUGGCUGUUCGUCGGCCGCAAAAGUCGCAUGUUGGACUCCAGUUAUCGGGGGCAAAACGGCCUCCAGCCACCCCAAGAGGGCAGGGAACUCACCCAGCAUCGAACAGCCUACCGUGGCGCCGGAGGGGCCAUGUCCAGAGGCCGAACGGGCCGCUAUGGCGAUGUGCCCUACGAAGAGGGCCAAGUGCUUCUCGCUCACGCACAGCCCAAUCCCGAGAUCGCGCUCCCGGGCACUUCGCCGUACGCGUUGGAUUUCGAUGAGCAUCUCCAGAACCCGUAUAGAUCAUCUAGAUUUUAUGAUCGAAGCCCGUCACCCUAUGAGGAUACCUCGCUACACAGUCAUGACAAUCUCUACUCGGACUCGCCGGUCCACUCUUACCCACCUGACGGUCCUCUUCGCGAGCAAGUCCCUAUUCCCAUGCCGGAUCCUUACCAUCCUCCUCCUCCGUACCCUGGUAACCAUCAUUCAUGA